UCACCUUUCACCACAUUGGAAACAAGUACGCACGCGACAAUCAUGGCCAACUCGGGAGAGCCUACGAUACCUCCAGAGACAUCUCAGACCGCCGCAUCGUCGCCUGCAUGGCCCACGCCUCGGGUCUUCUUGCCGCCUACAGCGUCAACAUCUGCUCAACCCGCCGUAGCCUCAUCCUCAACGUCGUCGACGCCUUCAUCCUCAGCGUCACGCAUCGUACCUCCCGUCUCCACUGAGGACCCCAAACCGACGGCAGAAGAGAUCAAGGCGGCAUAUGCAUCGACGCUGGAGCGUAAUCAGCGAGCAGGCAUUGGGCCUGAUGCUCCACUCAUGACAAAGGCGAUGAGAGAGAAGCAUGAGGCCAAGUUUGACAAGGGCAAGACGAAGAAGACGUAUCAAGAGGUCCGAGUACGCUUUCGCCUCCCCGACCGCACCCAACUCGAGUACACGCUUCCCUCAGCCUCCACCCAAGUCCUCGAUCUCUACCCCAUGCUCCGCUCAACGGCAUUCAGCGAUUCCGUCCCGCCCUUCGUGCUUUACACUACACCGCCACGACAGGACCUGGCAGAAAGAGACGCCCGCCUCAAGGGCAAGAAAAUUGGCGAUAUGGGAUGGGGAGGCGCUGCUGUCGUCAGCGUGAGAUGGGUUGAGGAGGGCGCGACGAGUGCAGAGGCAAAGAAGCUCAAUAGAUCAGACACGACACAGCCGCUCAGAGAGGGACUGCGUGAAAAGGCAGAGAGGAUGGAGCCGCCCAAAAUGGGACUGGGCGAUGAGAGCGGGGCAGCCACGCCGGCAGCACCGUCUUCAUCGAGUGCGGUGAGAACACUAGGAGGUGGCAGUGGCAGUGGUGGGCAGGGGGAGGAGAAAAAGAUACCAAAGUGGUUCAAGGGCUUCAAAAAGUAGGCGUGUGACCGCAAUAGAGGACAGCAAUGUCAUUCGACUUGGUUGCCAAGAGGAGAGACGGGAGAACCAUAGGCCUGUAUGCUGCGUAUCCAUCGGGCUGGACGAUUAGUAGUCUGGAGUGGCAGGAGGGAGAAGGCGGUCAGCAUCAUCUUGUUCUGCCUCACUCUGAUGCCUUGCGCACUCACUCCUCUUCUUCUUUGGCCUGACCCCGCCAAUCUUGAUCUUAGUCGCAUCACU